UUGUCGCGGUACAAGUGUACCAAUCCUCUGGAGCUUUUAUAACAAUACUUGCAGGAUAUCAGUCGAUUCGAAGCAGCAACAGAAUGACAGCAUCGAAGCUAUCGCUCCUUGCUCUCUGUCUAUCUCUUUUGGUUUCUGCAUCUGUUUCACAAAAUUGGGACACAUUUGGUGAAUAUGGAUUCGGUGGAUUUGGACCAGAACUAGCCCCCGGUGCUCGCAUGGCUAAUUACUGUAAUCUGUUUAACAAGGAGAAGCAUGACCAAGGAAAGGGAUGCAAUGGGCAGGUCUUAAAGAAAGUUUAUGAUAAAGACAAGGAUAUUAACCAAAAUGAAUCUAUGUUAAGGAUCUUCAGACUGGCGAGGAGAGGGGCAUUUUGUUACAAGGAAGGAGCUCAUAUUGUGACUAUAAGAUCACCCUGUCAUGCAAUGGAAAUUUCUUGUCGUCCAUAUUCCCGUAGUUUGGUCGAUAACUGUUGGAAAGUGACUCGUCCACCAACUCGUCGACCAGACACUCCUGGCCCUAAUCCACCUCAGGCCCCCGAAACCCCACGUGGACGAGGCAUCUAACCAUCCAUCGGAAAAGGAGCGUUGGACACAAAGACUCGGUUUGAUGAUAGAGAGUGGCGACAGAGUUCGAUGUGGCUUUCAAGUAACAUCGAAUUCCUGUCAUGGCUUACUUUACUACUCAGCUGAACAUUAUUACAAGAAUCGGGAGGACAAUUUGUGUUCAGCAAAUACUAGCAGAGCUUCGAAGUUCAUCGGUAAUGCUCCAGUCCGAUCGACCAACAAAACUCUCACAAAUUAGGCUCCAAGCCGACCGAUAGCAUGCCAUUUGAAAUAAGGUGGUAGAUUUGAUUGGCAUUGAGUCGGUCUCGUUGGUGUGACUGAAACAGAUCUGAGGCGGUUCUGUAUCUUUACCAUGGCGGCCCAUAUGCAAGGUGAUCCAGGGAUCGAAUCAAGAUUACCACCUGGGUAUUUUGGAUGCACUUUUACCGUCGAGAGGGAUGUUUGGAAAGGAAUGCUACCGUCCCGAUGACUCAAGAACGCCGUUUAUACCACUCGCCUUUCUCUAGUUAGCAUUUUUACUCCCCCUUGUUGAAGUAAUAUAGUUUUGGCUCAGAUAGGCUAUGAUUAACAUAUAGGUUUCAUGCUGAGUUUAAAGCCGGUCAGACAGUAGGCUACGUUUAGAUGUUGUUGUAAAGAAAGAAACCUUUUACAGUAUUUGUUUUUAAUGUGAAUAUUUUGAAGAAAAAAAUAAAAGUAACAAUCAUAUAAUACUGGUCAUGUGACAUUAAUUAUAUAAGUUAUAUUCUUCUUAGUCGUAAAGAUAUACUUUUCUUUUUGACUUCGAGUUCAUAAUCUCACGAGAUCCUGCAUUAGCUUAGACCUAACAGGCAUCUAUCAACUUUAUUCGAGAAGAAAUGAUAGAAUGGGCGAUGGAGCGAUUUUAGACAACGAACAAAUGAAAAAGGAAAGAAUAAAGAGGAAAAAUUAUAAUGUGAUACAGAUUAAGAGAGAAAGAAAACAAGAGAGAGAGAGAGAGAAGGAAAGAGAGAACAUCUUAGAAGGGAUGGAGAACAUAGUUUCUUAAUAAAACUGCUGCGUCUUUCAGCAAACUUUGGCGUUUCACAUCUGAUUUCCCACAUUCUCAUCAUUUUGUCUAUUCUUGGAAAGAAGGGAGGAAAAAUACUCUGUGGAAGAUUACAGCCAAAAAUACGUGGCAGAAACUUUUGAUGAAAUUGCUUACGGAUGGAGGAAGCAGAAAAAAAAAUGCAAGAACACUCGGCGCUUCGGGCAGGUUGACUCAUGAAGACGGACAGUCAACCUGUCCGAAACGUCGAGUCAAUCUAGGACUUACCACAUGGGGCACGGCAAACCCGUUCCACAAGUAACCAGGAUGUACAUACAACUACUUUGUGAAAUUGAGCAAAACUUUGGAAUAUUAUACCUUUCUUAUUUUGAUGAAAAUUUUCACUUCAUAUGCGUGUUUAAUUUUUCGCUUUUUAUCAGAAUCAGCUUUUUUUUAAAUGGGGUGGACGGGACCUUACACAUUUAUAUUUUGUGAUUAAAAAAAAAAACAUGUAAGCAAAAUAAAACGGUCCACCAAAUUGUACCAAUUUGGCUUUUCCGUUUAUCCCCUGUGACAAAAGGGCACAUGAUAAAAUGUUCAACGGCAUAGAUGCCGUGGCCGGGUAUCGAACCGCAAGCUUUAUUGUAUCAUGCACUUGAGGCCACUCUGCUAAGGCACCUCAUGAUAAGUUACACGGAAAAAAAUCAAGACAAAUACAUACGAUGACUCACACUUCACACACAUUUACUAGUAUGUAAUUUGAUGAUCGGGGACUCACCAUUAAUCUACAAAGUGCACUGUAAAAAUGAAGUGCUAAUUUAGCACUUACGGAGCUUGUAUAGUGACUGCACUACGAGUGUUGAUUUUCUAGUUCAAAUUCAAACUAGAAAAUCAGCACUCGUAGUGCAGUCACUAUACAAGCACUGUAAGUGCUAAAUUAGCACUUUAUUUUUUACAGUAUGGGGACUUGUUGCAUACACU